AUGAAUAACAACGCCGUUGACGACGUCUGGGAUCUGGACCAGGAUGACUUUGAAAGCGAGCGUGUGGUAGCAGCCCAGUCUCUGGGAAAGUUGCAAUUGGCAUUCGGUAACGCCGGUUACAAAUAUGGAAUCGAUGCCAGCAAAACUGACCACAUGCAAGAAGGAUUCGAUAAGGGCUUUGAACUCUCUAUCGAGAAAGGCAGGAUCAUCGGCAGUCUUUUAGGAAAACUGCUCGCACGCCGCGACAUUUGCAAGCGGCUGGACCUGCCUGUGGAAAACAUCGACUCGGUCGUUAUGCGCCUCCGCGCCAUUAAGCAUACGACUGCAUUCAGUGCCAAAGCCCUGAGGGGUGAGGAUGACAAGACUACCACCGACACCUUUGACGAACUAGUUAAGGAUGCCCAUGCGGUAUUGGAUACAAUGUGCGUAGUGUAG